AUGGCUAGAGCUGAAAGGUAUAAUAGAGGGAAGUCAUGGAGGGAUAAGUUCUUGAAGUCAAAAAAACAGAAAGAGAAAAAGAAGGAUAACAAGCCUAUAUUUGUUACUGAAGAUGAUCUUUUCAAAAGAAUUGGUUCUGGUAAUGAUUAUUCCACUGAAAGGUUUUAUGAUUGGAAUAUAAUGCUGUCGAAUCAUAUACUGGAUAAAGAAUAUGAAGAACCGAAAAUGCGGUCUUUGAAGGAUUUAUGCGCGAUGCAAAUAGCUGAACACCAUGAUCUUAUCAAUCAUGAAUUGCUCAAGAAUGGGAAUUGGUCAAUAUGGGCACCAGUUUGGAAGUAUAUUGUACGAUGGAGAAGAGAUAAUUUCAAAACUUUCCAAACAUUUGCUGAUGCCUUUCAUAGAUCCUCUGAGUUUGCGUGCCAUGGUAAUGUGAGGAGCUAUCCAUCAUCGAGAUUCAAAACACUUUUAUCCAACACUGCACAAGAUACUAAACGGCAUAGAGUUGAAAGACUGUUCAGUAAUAUCAAAUUGACAAAUCUCAUCAGCAAUUUGAAUAAUUCAUGGUUCCCUCAUUUGACAGUACUAGAGAUAAGUAAAGAUUUACAAGAUGAUGAGUUAUUGGAACUUACAAAUCUCACAAACCUCACAGCACUCAAAAUUACGCAAACCAAUGGUAUGAAAGAUACAAUUGUGAAUAGUUGGUGCUCUGCUUUAAAGUCACAAAAGUGGACCCGAUUACAAGUCUUAUGCCUCCCAAGAGUAAGUGAAAGCUCUCUAAUCAAACUACAAAGACAAGUUAUGAACAGCAGGCUGCUUUACAUUGAGAUUGAAACAGGAAGUUCAAGAUUCAACAUAGAUAAAGAAUGGCCCAAUUUAGAUCGUACACAUUGGGAACUGAUCAAAGAGAGGUCUAUCAUUGAACAACCACUGGCUCUAAAGUUCCAGUCGUUGUUAUUGUUACAGCGGAUUGAAAAUCGUUCAUUGAUUCCAACGUCAUCUACGAUACUUCUUGAUUUCAACAUCUUGGAUAAAGAAUUUGUCGACUAUGGAGGGCUUGUCUCGCAAACUGAGUAUGAUUCUUUAUGGAAUAUGGGUGAGGUUAAAGGGUGCUACUUGGGGCUUUUGUUGAAAAAGUUGCCAAAAUUUGAGAAUACUGUGAAGAAGGCUACUGGAGUCAAGAGAUUAAAGACAAAUCCAAAGCCAAAAGUGACUUCUCUCAAUUCAUUCUUCGACCUAUGA